CGUUUCCUAGUACAUCAAAUCAUCUGCAAUGCCGGGAGAUCGAAGCAGAACGCAAGCAAUUGCACCAGAUGACCUGGACAGACUCUAUACACCCAACUUCUCUGUCACGUCGUCGGCUCUUGUGGUAAGCGACAAAUUGGAGCUUACCUCGUUCUCCAGCGCUGAACCUGACCCAUACAUAUUGCGCAAUGACUUUGACCCCUCAUCACCCUCUUCUCCCCUCUUCUAGACUACACGUUCCUGUGCGCGAUGCCUCACGCACCUGUAGGUGAUGGUGGCAUUCAGCUUUACUACGAGGACACAGGGGCUCCUCCGAAUUCAUCAGACUACACAACGCUGGUGCUCGUGCAUGGCGGAGUCUUCAACGGAUCGACCUUCAAACCGAUGUUCGUACAUGCGGCGGACUGCAACAUGCGCCUCGUUGCCUUGAACACUCGUGAUUACCGCGGGUCAACUCCAUACUCAUCCAGCGACCUCGAAGCUCUUCGCAGCACGAACCUGGACGAACAGCGAGCAAUGAUUGAUGCACGGGGCCAGGAGGUUGCCGCGUUUCUUGUCUGGUUCAUCCGGCAGGCAAACAUACCUCUUCGUUCCAAGAACCAAGAGAUCACGUCUAGUGGCGGUCUCGCGUUGCUUGGUUGGUCUUGGGGGAACACUAUGACGGUCUCAUUCCUGGCACAGGCUUCGCGCCUGCCCCAAGAGGAUCGUCGUUUUAUAGACGAUUACUUGUCGGCAUUCAUUAUGUAUGACAGUGCUCGUCAUGGUUUGGGCGUUCCACCCGAGAUCACGGAAGGACUCAGACGACCAGCGCGUGGCCGAGACGAGACAGUGGACCAGAAUAACGUGUUUCAGCAUUGGUUGUCCGGGUACUACGUCCAUUCGCCUCCGAUACUCGAUUCUUUCCCCUCUGUCACGCUGGAUGAUCUUCAAGGAGGUCUUGUCCACCUCCCUAUCACCUCCCCGUCCUCCGACUACGAGCCAUCCACCACGCGCAUGACUCAUCAAGAAUUCGCCGAUGUUACCGAUCCUGACGUGGUUAAGCGUGCCCAUCCGCUCUAUCAUGCCGUGAACCCAGUCCUAUACAAGGAGAACAUUCAGGGCGCUUUGUGGAACGCAACAACAUGGCCCCACCUGAAGGUGACACUCGUAUGGUGUGAUAUGUCUCCACCGGAGACAGUACUGUCUGCCUGGUACCUCGCAAACCAAGUCGGCACGAAUUGGCCUCGUGGUGCUAGGAAGGUUGAUGUGCUGCGCUUUCAGGGUGCUAAUCACUUUCCUCAUUGGGAUCAGCCCAAGCGCACUAUCAAGCUGUUGUCCAGUAUCAUUUAGGCACCCAUGCCUAGAUAUCAUGCAGCUGAGAAUCUCUCAACUUCUGCAUUCAUAAUACAGUGCGCGUUGGGCAACUGGUCACGAUUUA